AUGAGCAACAACAUCUCACCAUUUGUGCUGCUUGUAGUCAUGCUUAUUCUUGGAGCUACGCUUGUGAAUCUCAUUGCGCUGAGGGCAAACAGCAAGCCAGAGCCUGCCGGAACAAGGUACAUGGAGAAGAUCAAAUCCACAAGGAGAGAAGGGGUGGUGUUCUUUCUCUUGGUUCUAAUUUCCACAACCAUAUACUAUUUCUUCUAUGCACAGAGCCGUUUGGAAGGGAGCAUGCUGCCAUUCCUCAAGAGAACCCGUGUAAGCGGCCGCUCUCUGAAGAUGCUUGAGCUCUGUGCCAGAAACAUCCAGAAGAGCUUUAUGUUCUAUGCUGCUUCCUUUAUCAUCCCUCUUGUGUCAUCAAGAAGAUUCAGAGUCUUGGGGAUUGACGAAAAUACCUCCAUUGCAUUUGUUAGAUGCUACUCACUGCUUGGAAGCUUUCUGUAUCCGCUGGUCUUCCAUAUUUCGAGCGGAUAUGACUUUGGAUCCUACAUAGUCGAGGUCCUGAACAUCGCAGAAACCAUUCUGCUACUGUCGCUGUACUCCCUACUCCUACUAAAGGUGUGUAAAAUGCAUGAUGUCCUCUCAUACACACAGGUCAUCACAAAGUUCGAGAUAGAGGAUGUUCUUGGCAAGAUCAAGCUUAAGAUCAUUGGCAUUAUAGGAUAUCUGUGCCUUGAAGGCACUUCGGGGGCUGUCAGGAUGGUAGAGAUGCUUUUUUCCGGAGGCCGUGUCCAAGGCCUCCCAGUAAACUCGCUCGUAGAAACAGCCCUUCUCGUAGCACUAUAUUACCACUCGGUUAAGUUCUUGGUCACCCCGGAGAACGGCAUCUGCGAGUCCAUCCAAAAAAUAGAAAGCAUUAAGAAGCAUGUUGUAACUGGGUUCCUCAACCUUGAGCAUCGGGACGAGGACAGCAUGGUUGAUGUCUCUGCGAUCCCAGACAUCUGA